UCAAUUUUUUUCGCCAGAGUUGUUUUGUCACUUGCCUUCAUUGCAUUGUCGUUUUGUAUAGAAAAUUUCUUCUUUUAAUAGAAGAGACAUCCAAGAAAAUUAUACAUUCUACAGUUAUAUUGAAAAAAUAUAUCACAAAAUAAACUAUUAAAAUGAAAAAACCCAACAUUUUAUUUAUCGGCCUAUUAUGCGCCAUUAUAUGUUCUACCCAUGCGGAUAUUUCUGAAAAAAAUGGAGAACAAACACCUGUUGUAGAAGAAGCCGCCCAAAAAAUUCAUGCCUUACAGCCAGGCGAAAAGGAGUAUCUUUCUCCCAAUCUGAUUGGAGUUCAAAAUAUCGCAGUAACAAAUAUUCCAAUAACAAUAAAUUUCAUCAAUAUCAUUGAUGCAUACAGAGAAGUAGUCGAUGGGGUGCGAUAUGAAAUCGUUUUGAAUGCUGUGAAUACAACAGACAACAACACUGAAAUCAUUUGUCGCAUAGUGGUGCUGGAGAAACCUUGGCUCACAACAAUAUGGGGUGAUAAGGUUCGCUUACUACAGGAAUCUAACUGCACUAGUGAAGAAUUACCAGAUGCUUCUAGGAAUCGUAAAGCCCUUGAAGAAAAAUAUGAGACAAAUGCAAUAUUUAGCGGCAGUCGAAAUGAACUGACAGCCGAUGACAUGUUGAAUUUGGAAUCGCAAAUAGUUGGACCAUCAAAAAAUCCACAAAUGACAAGACAACGUGCUGCAAACCCACUUCCCACAACUACUGAAUCAAUUAUUGUUUCUACAACAGAACAAGUAAGUGACUCAGAAGAUGUUGUGAAGCAAACGAAUUCACCAAUUCAAUCCGAUUCGAGCAGUGAAAAUAAGAGUAAUGAAGUGGAAACUGUUGUUGCUUCAUCGAGUGAAUCCACUACAACUGAAAAAAUUCCAGAAUUAAGUGACAAUGAAAAAAAGUGGUUAGAUGAUUUUCUAUCAAUAGGAUCUUAUAAUUUCGAAGCUUCACAAGCAAAUAAAAAUGCACAGAGCGCUAACGAUGGAGCGCAAGAAAGUGAUAAGAGAUUCAGAAGAGAUGUCCCCGGUGGAGUUGUACAAUUUGAUGCUGAAGAAGUGAAAGGACACCAAGAAGUUCUCAACAAAUCUCUGACAAUACUUCAGUCUGGUGAUUCCCCACCGAAAUUCGAAAUUAAUACAUGUCAUUCGGGAAGUUCACAAGUGGUUGGUGGUGAUCUCGUUAAACUAGACUGUGACAUGGUCCACAAGGACACUGGAGAAAAAGAUCGUUGUUUAAUGUCCCUUUGGUCGCGUCCUUGGUUGGAAAAAGAUGGUUAUGAAGUGACUUUUGACUGCAAAAACAAUCCAAAAAGCGUUUAUCGUCAUAGCCGUUCCAUAAAUGAAAACAGGAAAUCGAGGAGUGCCAUGCCUGGUGGACAAACACCAUUAAAAGAUGAAGAAUUAAAACAAGAAGAGGAAAAUAUAUCUAAAUCAGUAGCCAAACUAGCUUCUGGCGAUAAAACUAAUUGGACGGUUGAAAAGUGUCAUUCAGGAACCAAACAAGUGGUCGCUGGCACUAUUGUUAAACUAGAUUGUGAUUUGGUUGAUAGUAAAACUGGAAAGAAAGAUCGUUGUACAAUAUCCCUUUGGUCACAGCCAUGGCUAAAAGAAGAUGGUUAUGAAAUCAGUUUUGACUGUAAGGACGCACCCAAAACUGUUCAUCGUUAUAGUCGUUCCGUUAAUGAUAGGAGAAAGAGAAGCAGUGCCGUGCUUGGAGGAGCUUCACAAUUAGAAGCUGAAGAAUUAAAACAAGAGGAGGAAAAUAUCUCUAAAUCCGUAGCCAAACUAGCUUCUGGCGAUAAAACUAAUUGGACGGUUGGAAAGUGUCAUUCAGGAACCAAACAAGUGGUCGCUGGUAGUCUCAUCAAACUAGAUUGUGAUAUGGUUGAUAGCAAAACUGGAAAGAAAGAUCGUUGUACAAUAGCUCUUUGGUCGCAGCCAUGGCUAGAAGAUGGUAAUGAAAUCAGUUUUGAUUGUAAGGACGCACCAAAAACUGUUCAUCGUUAUAGUCGUUCCGUUGAUGAUAGGAGACAAACUAGGAGUGUUUUGGUUGGAGGACCUGGAGUAUUAGACGCCGAUGAAUUGCAAAAAGAAGUGGAGAUUUUUUCUAAUUCCCUAACCAAACUCGCUUCUGGUGAUUCAACUAAUUUGAAGAUUGAAAAGUGUGAUUCUGGAACUAAACAAGUGGUCGCUGGUAGUCUUGUAAAACUAUAUUGUGAUAUGGUUGAUAGUAAAACUGGAAAGAAAGAUCGUUGUACAAUAUCCCUUUGGUCACAACCAUGGUUAAAAGAAAAUUGUUAUGAAAUGACUCUUGAUUGUAAAAAUACACCAAAAACUGUUCAACGUUUUAGUCGUUCCCUUGAUAAUAGGACUAAAAAAGGAGGUCCAAAACCCCUUACCGAUUUUGAACUCAAAGAACAAGAAGGCAGAGUUGCCCAAUCACUAGCAAAAAUUUCAUCUGGUGAUGGACCUUCAUACAAAAUUUCAAGAGCAUUUAAUGGCACAAAACAAACAGUUGCUGGUUCUCUAGUGAAGAUUUUUGCUGAAUUAAUUGAUGAAAACACAGGCGCAAAGGAAAACUGCACAGUAUCAUUAUGGUCUCGACCAUGGAUUCCAAUUGAUGGAUAUGAAGUAACAUUCGAAUUCAAAGACAAACAAAAGAGUGUACAUCGUCAUAGUCGCUCCAUUGAAUACAGUGAAAAAAAGACAAACAAAAAAAGUCAUCGUUCACUAGACAAAGCAGAACAUUUGUUUCAAAAAUUUCAAAUUAAAUACCAGAAACAAUAUCUAAAUAGUAUGGAAAGACAAAUGAGAUUAAGAAUUUUCAAGCAUAAUUUAAAAUUAAUUCAUGAUUUAAACAAGAAUGAAAUGGGAAGUGCAAAAUACGGUAUCACUGAGUUUGCUGAUAUGACAACAACCGAGUACAGAGAUAGGACUGGUCUUUUAUCGAGAGAAGAGAGCAAUUCAGUUCGUUCACCUGCGAAAAUUCCAGACGUAGAACUACCAAAAGAAUUCGAUUGGAGGGAGAAAGGCGCUAUUUCUAAAGUUAAAAACCAAGGAAAUUGUGGCUCAUGUUGGGCAUUCAGUGUGACUGGUAACAUUGAAGGUUUACACGCUGUUAAAACUGGCAAACUUGAGGAAUACUCCGAACAAGAACUACUUGACUGUGAUACAAUUGACUCUGCUUGCAACGGUGGUCUUCCAGACGAUGCCUAUAAAGCAAUUGAAAAUAUUGGAGGUCUUGAACUUGAAUCUGAAUAUCCAUAUCAAGCUAAAAAGAGCCAAUGCCAUUUUAACAGUAGCUUGUCCCACGUUAAAAUCUCAGGUGCUGUUGAUUUGCCAAAGAACGAAACCGAAAUGGCUAAAUGGCUGAUUGUCAAUGGACCAAUUUCAAUUGGAAUCAAUGCCAAUGCUAUGCAGUUUUAUCGUGGUGGUGUCUCACAUCCCUGGAAAAUGCUCUGUUCAAAGAAAAAUCUAGAUCAUGGAGUGCUAAUUGUUGGUUAUGGUAUUUCCGAAUAUCCAACAUUCAAAAAAACUCUCCCUUACUGGAUUGUCAAAAAUUCUUGGGGACCAAAAUGGGGUGAACAAGGUUACUAUCGUGUCUACCGAGGAGAUAAUACAUGUGGUGUGAGUGAAAUGGCAACAUCUGCUGUACUUGCUUCGUAAUUCAAUUUGGUUUGGUACCUAUAUAAAAAUUAGUAAUAAAAUAACAAACAAAAAAUGUCCAUUUAAAUUCUUUAAAUACAUAAUUAUUUGUUAUUAUGUAAGGCCCCGCCCGAACUGCAAUAAGUUUUAAGAUUAUCAGUAAAGCUUAAAGUUUACCCCCAAAGACUUGGUAAAUAUUCAAAGAAAUAAUUGAUAUGUAGUAAUUAAAUAAAGUUUUCUAUAUUUAAAUGUGUUUUGAAAUAUUGGUUUUAAUUACGAUACAUCACGUUACAUGACAUUAAGCUUGACAAACAUUAAGAUUUAGGUACUUUAACUUACUUGUACUUAGUUACUUUUUUUUUUAUUAUUUACUAAGUCUAUGAGAUAAAUGCUUGGUUUUGCUGAUUAAUUUUUCGUUAAACCUUAGUGGUUUUAUAAUAACAAAAAUACGAGUAUGUACAUUAAAAAAAUUGUAACUUUUUUCUUAAA